CUCAGCGACGCAAUUUUCGUCCAUGCGGUGUGUUCUGGUGGAAAAUAACGUGUAGUACGAAGAGCAAGUUCUGCUGGCUGUUUCAGUUUCAUUGCAGUAAUACAAACGGCAAUAUCUUGCUGCGCUAGAUUAGCGGAUCUGCGGCAUUACCUUUUCAGUACCCAAAAGUUCCUUUGUGUGUUUGCAGUUCGGUGAUCUGGACAGUUUAUUCUGAAGAUCAGCCACGAUGGAAGAACCAGAUCGUGAUCAUCCUGCAAAUGCCGAUGCGGUUGGUGGUAAAGUAAACGACCCGUUGACGGCAUCGCUCAGCUCGGAAGAUCCCGACAGCUGGACAUUACUGGGGAAAGACAACGAUCAGCUGCACAGUGAACCAAGUGGAGUGCAGGAUAUCGAUCAAGAAAAUGUGACUGCGGGGAAAGGAGCUGAUCUGCCGACCUCAAAGCAGCGACGUGAUAGUCACCGAAGCACUGAUUCGCAGCUAGAUGAAUCUUCUGAUGGAAUCAGCGUCAUCAGUGAAUGUGACACGGCCAGCUCUGAUAAGAUACUUACAGAAGAGGAAUUACCUAACGACCAUGGACGCACGGUUCAUUUCAGCCGGAAUAUUAAUCUAAAGCUUCCGGAUUACGUACCACUUACACCGCCCUAUACCCCAGACGAACCGAAAUCAACUAGGCAAGAAACGAGAGACGAGAACAAUUCAGAGUUACAGAUCAAACGUCCCGAGGAGCAAUCGAUAGAAUCAGUGAAUUCGAUUGUGGAACAUUCUCAUCCCCCUGUGAGCAAUGCCAGCUGGGUCAUAUUCAGUCUGUUGGCUACAGGGAUGGUCGCGAUUCUGCUUGGCAACUCAAUGCGGCUUCAGAGCCGGGUAGAAGAGGUGAAUUUUGAGCACGAGAAACGCAUUUCCGAACUGGAGCUGGAGAACAAUAUCUUGAAGAACGAGAUGAACAAACUGCGCCACCUUUACACGCGCUCCGAACUAGACGAGCAAGUUCAGCGGGCUGAAUUUGAGUGGAGAGAUGUUCUAAAAGGAGUAUUUGAUGAUACCGUGGAACAGGAGCAGGACGCUGAACUUGUGACGGAAGAACCGGUCCAACCACCGAUGAGGAAAGUUCCUCCCCAAGAUGGUGGUGUGAAGCGAAAGGUAGUUUGGUCUGGAGACGAAGAGGAACCGAUGUUAAUUGUGGACAAGGACUACGUACUGCCAGCGUUCUGUUACAAACAAGAUCAAGCAGUGCACGAUGACCUGUUCGCUGAGUAUAGUGCAAAGUAUUGUGACAUUAAGAAACGCAAGAUUGAAGCGAAGCAGAAAAAGAGUGAAUUUCAUCAGAAGAAACAAACCAAGCCAGAAAACUAUAACAAAUUUAUCCAUCCCAAGGCUUCGGAGCCAUCGCAGGAAAAAUGGAUCGACCCUAGCAAGCCAGCAUCACCAUUUAACAUUGACUAUCAGAAAGCAUUUGAUGCCAUCAAGGCAGAAGGUAGCGUUAUAGUAGAAGCUCUGGGUAGCAUUUUGGAUCUUUCUCCCGAGCCGGAAGAAACUUUGAAAGCGAAUGCAAGGGAUGCUAUAUCCCCCGAGCACAAUGAAAAGAUUUCGUCAGAGUAUGAAGCACCCACACCAUCAGAUACUCCCGUGUCACAUGAGACUGAGGAGGAGUUUUCAAAAUGCUUCGAAGAAAGUGGUUGUAAAAAAGAAUCCGGAAAGCAAAAAUACCAAGAUCACAAACAGGGAAAGAAUGGCGAAAAUGAAUACUACAUAAAAGAGGAUAAAUCAAAGAGACAGGAAGGAAAAGAUUUUGUCCAACGGGAGGACUUUAAUAUCCGUGCAUCGCAUAAAGAUGGACAUAAACAAAGAAGUGAUAGUCGCGAAGAAGGAAGGCAAUAUGAUAGCAAAGAAAAGAAAAAGGAGUAUCAUGCAAAGGACAAAUAUAAGCAAAAAGAGCCAGAGAAAGGAUACAACAAUAAGCAGAAACAGAAGGACAAUAAUAUUCGUUCAACACAUGCAGAUGACCGUAAACAAAGAGGUGAUAGCCGUGAGGAAAUAAGUCAAUAUGAUAACAAACAGCGAACACAAGAAUAUCAUGAAAAGGACAAAUAUGAGCAGAAAACAUACACUGAAAAUCAUAAAAAUGAAUAUAACUCCAGAAAUAGAGAAGAUCAUAGUGAAGGGAGACGAAAACAUCACAAACAUCACGAUAGGGAUCACGAUGAUAACGAUGAUCAUUACAAGAAAAAGUUUGAGCAGCGUGAAGAGUACAAGGAGCGUGAUCAUAAAGGACAGUCUUAUCACUCUGGCCAUCGUGACGAACAAAGACGUGGUAGUGGCGAGCGGCCAACAAAGCAGGCUUACGAAUCCGGUGAAGGAUCUUAUUUAGAAGAGUUUAAGCGUACAGAAUGGACCAACGGCGAUCGGCGCCACGAAAAUUAUGACAAGCACCACAAAAAGCAUGAUCGUCAUCAGCGUCGCGAGAGUGAUGAGUGGGAUGGAAAGAGAUAUAAAGGCAGAGAUGAAUACCGCCAGAAUGGUGGUAAACAUGGCGAGCGGGGAUCAGGUGAUCAGCAUUGGCAGGAGCGUAUGAAACACGGACGACAAGCGGCCAGGGAUGAGCAAAGGCAGCAGUUGGAACGGGAUAAUAACUGGUACUUGGAGCGAGGAAAUCAGCGUGAAGAAGAUCGAAUGUUUUCUGUACCAGAGAGUCCAACGCGGUGAACUCGUGAUCGUACUGUUGAUUAGCAGCUUCGUUACCAAAUAAUAGCGACCAAUCCUACCGGAUUCAUUUAAUUUUGCUUUUAAUUUUAAUAUCAGUUUAUGCAAUUAAUAUCAUUGAGUUUCUACUUUGUGAGCUACAGCUUAACACAUCUUUUGAUAGCUGCACUUUAAUAUAGUA